GCACAUCACAUACGCAUAUAGCAUAAGAAUCAUUCAGCAUUCAGCAUUCAGCAUUAAGGAAAUCGAGGAAAGAUGACGGAGGCAAUGAUAAGGAAGAAGGCAGGGAUGGCGAGCGUGAAGGACAUGCCGGUUCUCCAGGACGGUCCACCUCCUGGUGGGUUCGCUCCGGUCCGGUUCGCUCGCCGCAUCCCUAACACCGGUCCAAGCGCCCUCGCCAUUUUCCUCACUGCCUUUGGCGCUUUCUCUUGGGGCAUGUACCAGGUCGGCCAAGGCAACAUGAAGCGAAGGGUACUUAAGGAAGAAAAAUAUGCUGCCCGCCGGGCCAUACUGCCUGUGUUACAAGCUGAAGAGGAUGAGAGAUACGUUAAAGAGUGGCAUAAAUACCUUGAGUAUGAGGCAGAAGUAAUGAAGGAUGUGCCAGGUUGGAAAGUUGGUGAAAGUGUCUAUCACUCUGGGAGAUGGGUGCCCCCAGCAAGUGGUGAGUUGCGUCCUGAUGUCUGGUGAUGUUAUUUCAACUAUCACAGUCAAGAUCUGGUCUGCUUCCUGCAUGUCGUUUACAUUGCAGUACUUCAGUCUAGUCUCUCAGAAAUAAAGUUGUAUCUGGAACAUUUGUAAUUGCUUUGCCGAAUUCUAAAACGGGAAUGCUUUUUGAAUUUGUACUUCAUGUUGUCAAAACCCCCUCCCACACUCUCUUUCUCGUGUAAAUCAGGAUGAAUGCACCUUCUUGGCAUAUAAAAUUGUAUGCGCUUCAGUAAUAAGCUGAGGAAAGAGCACGAAGUCUCAAACUAAAAAAUGUGAAGAGGUGAAAUGUUUAACAUUUGUAACCGGCAUCGGUUGUGAGUGUCAGA